AUUUAACGCGUUUCGAAUGAAAAAAAUAUUUGCCUUCGACGCGACCUUCGUAACUAAUAGUAUCGCGCACUCGCGAGUUUUAUCAUUUGCAAUAGAUAAAAUAUACAAGCAGAUAAACAUUUUAGUUUUAAACAUUUCUGUUAAUUAAAUUAUACGAUAACACGCAGGAAAUUUAUUAGAAAUUUAUAUUCGAAUUUAGAAAGCAGAAACAGUGAUUGCAUCGUUAUAUCACGUAAUAUCGCGAAAUCAUUUUUUCUUGAUUAAUCAGAUUACGUCGAUCCAUUGGAGGAGGAUCGGCGUAAUCUGAUUCUACAAAAAAAAAAUAAGAAUGGCAAAUCGUGAUUUCCCGAAUCACAAAAAGAACACGGAUAACAGAUGUGCAAUUAUAUUGCCGAUCAAAGCGUGGAAUUUACAUUAAAAUGUACAAUUGUCACUCCUUUAUCCCCCUCUUAAUACGACACCGCAAUCUUCGGCAGAGUGUCGCGGAUGAAUUCGUUGCCAUUUCAUCGAAUCGCGGUGUGAGAAGCAUAGUUCAGCUAGGUGGUCCCGGUCGGAUGCAUCAAGAAAUCGGAUCGCUCCAAAAAAAAGCAUCGACUAAUCAAAUACCACCUGGAAUGAUGAGGCUCAUAUUUUUGGCCAUCGUCGUUUCGUUCGUCUCGGCGAAAACGGUUGAUCUAUCAUUCCGUAAAUUAAAGAGAGAAGAUUUUUUUAUGAAUCUGCAAAUGCAAAUUAAGGAUUUGCAUGAAGUGACAGAUCUCAAUUUGAGAGGAAACGAGAUUGACAGUUUUCUGGACUGCUCCACUAAUCUAGAGAGUCUUGAAGCGUUGGAUUUGUCCCAGAAUCAUCUUCAACGAUUCUUUUUUCUGUGCAAAGAGGAAUAUAAUCUGCGAGUAUUAAAUGUGAGCCACAAUAAAUUAGAAUACAUCGAUGACAAUGCUCUCAACGAUCGGAUACCAAAGCUGAAGAUAUUAGAUCUUUCCUUCAACAAACUCACUGUCGUCAAUGAAACCAUGCUGCAAUAUCUAACGAUUCUCGAAUAUCUAUCACUAUCUCAUAAUCCUAUAGAAGAUGGAAUACAUGAAAGCGCAUUUUGGACUUUGAGGGCAUUGAAGCAUCUCGAAUUGAAGAAUAUAUCCGCGCCGUAUUUCUCGUCCGACUUCUUCAAAACCUUGACGAAUCUGUCUACCCUCGACCUAUCCUGGAAUCCAAUCGGCGCGAUACCUCUUUUACCGAUAAGCUUGCAAGAGCUGGAUUUAUCCGGCACGCAAGUGAUAACUCUCGAAAAUGUAUAUCUACCGCAGUUACUAGAACUGAGACUGAAUUAUAUGCCGAAUUUAACGUCAUUGGUUCUGAAUGAGCUCGAAAAGCUCCCUAGUCUGCAGAUAUUAUCAUUGAUCGGUUGCAAACGAUUAACUCAGCUCAGCCUUCGACCGCAGUUCGUUGUCGUGCUACCUCGAUUGCAGCGGCUUUCGAUAAAAGAGUGCGGCUUUGAAUCUCUGAAUAUCGAGCUACGUGCAUUGGUGCAACAAACACCGGUCAUCGAGCUGGAGAAUAAUCCCUGGAGAUGCGAUUGCAAAUUAGAAUGGAUCGUUCUGUUGAAUUUGACCAGAAAUAUCAGUCAAGAUAUCAGAUGCUAUGCACCAGAUCAACACCAUGGCAAACUACUCGCCGAAAUACCGAACUACGAGUUGCAAUGUGAAUACGAUUCGUCAAUUCUUUAUCCGAUCUUGUGGACAUCCCUCUCGCUAUUAAUUAUUUCCCUAAUCACCGCUAUGGUAUUAGUCCUCCUCAAACGACCGAUAAGUCAAUGGAGCUUUAAGGGAAUAAGAAACGGGGAUACUGUCGCGUACAAGAACGUCAUCGAAUCGAACAAUGAUCUGGUCCGAAUAUUGGCGGUGUCCGAGGGUCACGAAUGCAACGAAGAAUGAAGCCAAAUUAAGAUAAGGAAAGAGAAAGAACACACAAAAGUAUAUACGGACAAUCAUUAGAGUUAAUCAUAAACAUUUCAUCGAAUUUUUUUCGAAACAUUUUAUCGCAAUAUUUACUUUGAAUAAUAUGAUGUAACAUUUUGUUAACGACCACGCAACGCUAAAUACGAAGCAAUCUCUAAAAAUUAUUUCUCUGCAAGAUAUUAAAAUUUUCAUGCGCAUGGUAAUAUAAGAUUAAUUUUAAAAUUAUGUCGUUAGGUAACAAAUUCUUGCGCAAUCAAAUAUAUAUUGUUGUAAACAUGAAGAAAAGUCACUCAUGCCACGCUCUGUAAAUUCGAAAGACGCAAGUGCCGCGGAUUCGAGUAUUCUCGAAGGGCGUUUCCAGUGUCCGAUAAUAAUGCGAAACUCUUCUACGGUCGAAUAAAACGUCUGCGUUUUUUUUCUGCCGGUAAGAAUCGGCGUGUUUUAAAAACCCCUUUACCUUUGUUGCGGCGCGUCCGUUACCGUGGCACAAAAGAAAAGUAGAUACAAAGAACGCAAUGGCUCAUUUGCCCUGAAUGACGGCAAGAUCCUCUUCCGCGUAAUGACGCGGCAACGCGUAGCUGAACGCACGAAUUAUCGUGCGUGGCAUCUUGAGAACGCACGUAACUAAUUGAAAUUCUACGAGAUUCCGCUGGAACGAAUUCAGUCUGCGAUUGAACCUCUUCCGAAUGACGAGCGAAAGGAGCUCUCUAUGCUUUAGAAUAAAAAAGAUAUAUAUUAUAUAUAUAUGAGUUUUAUUUUGAGCUAUUGUUUACUUUAGAACGGAGAGAAUAAAAGAUACUUUUCUCAAGUAUCGUUCUUUCUUUUGCUUCGAAGAAGAAAUUAUCAGUUGACCGAAAUGAUUAUAUUAAUGAUCGAGAUUUUCUAUAAAGUCUUUCGUUUUCUAAAAAAUCGGUUUCCUACGAAAAAUUAAUAAUCGAACGAGUUUGUUCGGAGAAACUGUUUAUCUUAUUGUUAGAACAGAAUAAAGAUAUUUCUCAAAUAUCGCUCCUUUGCUUUGAAGAAUAAAUUAUUGAUGAUCGA